CAUCACCCAAACAUCACGAAUCGCACUUAAUCCCUCAUUGCCUAGGUCGCAAGUGAGGCCUCAAAGCUUCUAUCCCUUUUUGACUACACUCGAACUCUCAAUUUUGGUGCAUUUGGGCCACUUGUCGACACGGUAGCUUCAGCUCUUGGCUUCAUCAAAGUUAAGCUCGGCAUCAAAACAAUCUUACUUCACCAGGGCCACGUCUGGGAGCUUAAAAGCGGGGCAAAUUUCAAGACACAUCAAGACCUACAACUCACGACCUCACUUUCAACACAUCCUUCACAAUGGAUCCCCUGGCCCAGCAGCAAGAGCAGCGUGCUCAAGACGACAUUGAGCUCAACCCCCUCGGCAAAUUCGCCGCCCAAUUCCUCCAGUAUGGAGCCAACGCUUCCAACAACCUCUCAAACACCUUCAACAACAUGACAAUGCAGUCUUGGAUCCGCCUCGUCAUCAUUGUCGGUGGCUACAUGCUCCUCCGCCCCUACAUGAUGAAGUUUGUCACCAAGGGCGCCGUCAGGAAGAUGGAAGAGCAGGAUGAGAGGGAACAGCGCAAGGCCCAGAUCUCGCCCAAUGAGCUGCGGGGCCUGGUUGAGGAGGAACCUGAGAUUGACGAGGAGGGCGAUGGCACGGGUGCCGACUGGGGUCAGAAGGCCAGGGUGAGGCAGAGGACCAUGCUCAAGAACAUGCUUGAGGCCGAGGAGCAACGGAGACUUGAGGAGGAGGAGGACAAGGACAUUGCAGACCUUCUUGAGGACUAGAAUGGGCACUUGUUGGGACUCUUCAUUCUUGGGCACUGUACGAAACGACUUUACUCAUGGGGUCAAGACUGGAUGGAGCAAUGUGAGGGAAGAUACCACUAAUUAUCCUUUACGUGCUGGCGCAACGCCCGGUUUGCACACUCUAUCAAAUCAGCUUGG